UUAUGGGAGCCUCGCUGCCGAAUCCAGAUCUGGAUUCCCAAGGGGGGCAGCAAAAGAAAGACGCGACCACAGCGGGGAGAGAGGAAAGAAGCCGGAGUCGUCUUCUCCAUCCAUCCAAUCCGAUCCCCGAGAUGAUACUGGCCGUUCUCUUCACCAACACCGACGGCAACAUCCUCGUCGAGCGAUUCCAUGGAGUUCCUGCAGAGGAACGACUUCAUUGGCGGUCUUUCCUAGUAAAAUUAGGAGCAGACAAUCUUAAAGGAACUAAAAAUGAAGAACUUCUUGUUGCUUCUCACAAGUCUGUGUUUGUUGUCUAUACAAUACUUGGUGAUGUCUGCAUAUAUGUGGUUGGCAAGGAUGAAUAUGAUGAACUUGCUUUGGCAGAACUAAUUUUUGUUAUCACAUCAUCGGUCAAGGAUGUAUGUGGAAAACCUCCAACAGAACGGCUGUUCCUCGACCACUAUGGGAAGAUAUGCCUGUGUUUGGACGAGAUCAUCUGGAAGGGGAUGCUGGAGAACACUGACAAGGAUAGGAUCCGAAGGUUGAUAAGGUUAAAAGCUCCUACUGAUGCUUGAUUGGAGUUAUCUUGUCCUAGAUGUGUGACUUGGAUAAUUAUUCGUUCUUUGCCAUUAAUUGCUGUUGUAUGUUGUGAAUCAUUUGUAAUCUGGUGAGAAAAGCAAGCAUGAAACUUCCAGUUGUAGGAUAUAUACACUUUUGAAUGAUUUUUCUGAAAUGUUUUA